CGGACCCCUCUGUUCAGCGCACUCUCACUUCGACACGCGCAGACGACUCUAGGAAAGUAGGAAGGUCAUGGCUGGAAAGACAUUCACGGUUGAAGAGGUCGCACUGCACAACAAGUCGGGGGACUUGUGGAUCAUCAUUGACUCUAAGGUCUUUGACAUCUCGCGCUUUGUGAACCUACAUCCCGGAGGUGCCGGCGUACUGCUCACCAAGAACAUCGCUGGAAAAGACGCAACCGAGGCCUUCUUUGGCCUCCACCGUCACGAAGUCCUCCUGAAGCCUCAAUACGCCCGUCUACAAAUUGGGACUAUUGAGGGCCAGAAAGAGGUGGUCAAGCCCUUGGCCGCGGGUGAAUCCUCGCAAGUGCCCUACGGAGAGCCUGCGUGGCUAUCACCCGGUUUCCACAGUCCAUACUACAACGAGAGCCAUCGCAAAUUCCAGAAAGCCGUCCGGAAGUUCUUCGAGGAGGUCGUAUACCCGGACGCCGUCAAGCACGAAGAUGACGGCAAGCGGAUAUCGCAGGACGUCGUCGACAAGCUAUGUGAAUUGAACAUACCGGCCAUGCGCAUUGGUCCCGGGAAGCAUCUGAAGGGGCGGACACUCAUGGGUGGCAUCAUCACGCCAGAGGAGUUCGACCAUUUCCACGAGCUCAUCAUCAACUUCGAGGUCGGCCGGCUUGGAACGCGUUCCUAUGUCGACGCGCUCCUAGCGGGACAGGUCAUUGGUCUACCCCCAGUACUGAACUACGGCUCGCCCGAGCUCCAGGCGCAGGUCGUCCCCGAGGUGCUGGACGGCAAGAAGUUCAUCUGCCUAGCUAUCAGCGAGGCAUUCGCGGGGAGCGACGUUGGUGGCCUGCAGACGUAUGCUGAGCGCGACGGGGACGAGUGGGUGAUCACAGGAACCAAGAAGUGGAUCACCAACGGCACGUUCUCGGAUUACUUCACAACUGCCUGCAGAACAGGGGACGCAUACACGGUCAUCCUCGUUCCCCGACAAGACGCGAUCUCGACCAAAGCCGUGAAGACCGCCUACUCGUCCACGGCCGGAACAUCCUACGUCACCUUCGACGGCGCCCGCGCACCCGUCGCGAACACGCUCGGCAAGGUCGGGCGCGGGAUGCAGGUCGUGCUCAGCAACUUCAACCACGAGCGCUGGAUGAUCGUGUGCACGAGCCUCGCCGCGCAGCGCCGCGUCGUCGAGGAGUGCCUGAAGUGGACCGCGCAGCGCGUCGCGUUCGGGAAGCCGCUGAACGCGCAGCCUGUUGUGCGCGCGCGCCUCGCGAAUAUGAUUGCGCGCAUCGAGGCUGGGCAGAAUUGGCUUGAGUUCGUUACGCACCAGAUGAACAACAUGUCGUACGAUGAGCAGUCGGACAAGAUCGCCGGCACGAUUGGAUUGCUGAAGCAGUAUGUCACCCGUACUGGGCGUGAGACUGCGGAGGACGCGACGCUGCUGUUCGGGGGUCGGGGAAUCACCGCUACCGGCAUGGGCAAACUCAUCGAGAACUACCAUCGGACAUCGCCGUACGAUGCCAUCCUGGGGGGCUCGGAGGAUGUGCUCGGCGACAUGGGCGUGCGGCAGGCGAUCAAGAAGAUGCCCAAGAACUCUCGCCUGUGAGAGGAUAGGGGCCGGCGGAACCUGACUCGCAUAUACCUCAAACCUCUCGUGUAAUUCUACUACUCACAGCUGUAUAAUAGGACUGCGGAGGCCUUUUUUGGACUGC